CACACAGAGCAGGAGGCCAGCCUUUAAUUAAGCCUGGCGCCCGGUGCGGCUGGGGCGGUACAGACCUAUCGCUGACCGCGGAAAUCCAGGAUCCGGUUAUCAAUCUGGAGGUCAGGGGGAGCUUGUGAAGCUCUCUCGCUUUUGAAGGCCAAUCCCCCUGCCUCGACCCUUGCAUUGCAGGGACACAGAGUCUCCACCGAGCCACCACCUUACCGCGCGUCCGCGUCACCCCCGCCCGCACUUGUGAACCGAAGGAGCCCACGGCGGGAGUCCCGAGUAACCCGCUCCCCCGGGGGAGACGAGCGCCAACAGGUCCUUUGGGCACCCUCCCUGGUGAGGAAGUGGGGGACGACUGACUGCGGGAAGGGGUAGUGCAGAAAGAGGGACACAAUCUCUGCAGGAGGGCUACUCGGUUUCUGGGUCCCCAGCCCCUUCCCGGGUCCCCAGCCCCGCAGCAUAUUCCGAGUUAGGCUGGGAAUGCAAGCGUGAUCCCGGAAGGGGCGCGUAGGCGCGGAGUUCCACACGCGUAGGCUCUCCCUGUCGGUCCAGGAGUAAAGUUAGCUAGUGCAGGAAGAGAGUCGCUCUGUGCAUCUCAGGACCAGACCUCGGCGGGGCAGGGGACAGGCGACCACCCACCUUGUGCCUGCGCCUCCAUGGUGGCCGACGCGGAGCGGAGAGAGCCGCGGGGGACGCGCCGACGCCCUCGUAGAGCAGAUGGCAGCGGUGCCCGAGCUCGGAUGGCAGCGAAGCCCCGCCGCUCUCCUGCCCUCUCCCGGCGCGCGUGUCGCGAGCUCUGCGUGGAGGGGGCGGGGGACUGCGGGCGAGCAGCCACCACUGGCCGCCGCUGCUUACCUCCGCCCCUUCCAGUCCACCUGGUCCACCGAGCGCUGCCAAGAAGCACAGGUCGGGCGCCACCUGCCGGCCGCUCGCCGCACCCGGCGGGAGGCUUUCCCCUCCCGCUGCACCCAUGCCCUGAUCAACAACCAACUUGGCCCAGAGGCGGGCCAUGCAAGCGACAAAUGCCUUGGCCAGAGGAAGGGACACUCAACCGCAUGCAAGUGAUGUGCGUGGAACCAGCCUCCCCGGAAAGCAAGGAACAGAAGCAACAAAAUGAACUGAAAACAUAAGGUGGAGCAGGCCUGUCUGGCUUCCUGACAGGGGGGACUAUAAUACUUUGAGAGUUUUGUUUAUGACUCCAUACGACAAAAGAAGUGCCCGGAUAACAGAGUUCGGUGUUAGAAGUAAAUCUGAAGUGAGGGGAAAAAAACGUAGAAACACAGACCUAAGACACAUUAACGAGACGUAUGCCUUGUUAUCCAGAACCUUGUAGGUUGUGCCGCUGGGCUGGUCCUUUUCAGCAAAGACUAAAACUUCAGUCAUGUGCCGAGGCUUGUCUGAGGAUGGGAUUGAUUGGAAAGCCAACAGAAAGUAUGACUUAGGGCUCACACCUCACCUUUACCAGUCUACCUACCAGGAACCCUUCCCCCUUCUCAGCAUCUCACCAACUUCUGUGAAAUAGAAUCUAGCAUUUUCUGAUGCUUGGUCUUGAAUAGUUUGCACUUUUGUGUGAGCGAGUGUUAGUCCCUUUCUUUAAUGAAUUCACGAGAAAAUCUGGUGGGAUUGAAGAUGGGUUAUUGUAGUAAAUCUCCCAUAAAUCCUGCCAAAGAGCCUCAAGCAGAUUUUCCAAGUCCAGAAAGAUAGUGAAUAAGCAAUCAGUAAGCCAUACUUUACCCACACCCAAGUUACUGUCAAAGUUCCAGCCUAAUAAAUAUGAAUGGAAUCAUAUACUUUUCCUUGAAAAAAAAAAAAAAACAAGCAUACUGAUGGUUUCUUGGCAUGUACACAAACACGUCAGUGUUUGUUUUGUCUUUCUCAGUUUUGUGUUGAAGAUCUCACAGGUACGUAAUCAUUUUCAUGACAUUUACCCCAAGGACUGUUAGUGGAAAUAACCUGACAAGUAUAAAGUGGCAACUGGGUGAUUAAAUCACUUUUAGAAUCUACUCAGUUGUUCUGGUCCUUCUUAAUCCUAGAAAUGAAACAUCGGGUUAUAUAUAGUUGACUCCCAGCUGUUGAAAUGAGCUAAAAGUAGUUCCUGACUCUUCCGCCGUCAUCCAA